AUGGCAACAAGCUCAACACCAAGCCUCGAUCCACCUGCCGCCACGCCUUCUAUAGAAAAUGCAGGGCCGUUCAUGAGAGCACCUCGUGAGAUCCGAGACAACAUCUAUCGCUUCCUACUUUCAACCAAGCACACCAAGGAGUUUCAUGGAGAACCUGCAACGGAUACAUUGAGAUGCAAAUACACUUAUCAGUUCCAUACUUCGAUCCUUUUUACCAACCGACAGGUAUACAUUGAAGCCAGCAACAUAUUCUACAUGGAAAACCUCUUCAUUCGUAUCAAUUCUGUGGCAGCGAAUGAACUUUUACACCCGACUAAUUUCGGAGGCUACCAAAAUACCGGCUCAUAUGCAUAUGGCCGUGGGCUGCGAGUUCUGUCGACAGGCACGAAAGCGCAAGCCUGUACACGUCACGUGAUGGAAGUCAAUCUGAUUCCAUCACCCCUGUUGUUUGAUCACCAUGGUUACCAUCACUUCAUUUUUGCUUGCGACGAUCUUCCAGUGUUCUGCAGAGCUUUGCGAUCGAUCGAUAGACAUUAUCGACGUGAGUUACAGCCGCUGCAGGUUAUGGAUCUCUGGUUUACCAUUGGUGACGAGGUGGGCACGGCUGGAGAGGGAUAUCUUGACUCGAAUGCCUCCACAGAUGGAAAUCCAGUGGGAUAUCUGACCGCGGCCACCAAGCUUGCCGCGGCUAAUUGUGCAGGUCCAGAUGAGAAUCGAAGAGCCACUGACGAGAGCAAUGCAUCUGUCUACGGAGAAAUGAAGGGCAGUGGCAGCGCAAUGGUCAAUGGAAUCAAGGAUGCCAAAUCGAGAUUGUUAGAACGGCCCAUCUCCAUCGACAGUCCUCGAUCACGGAGGCUUCUAGAGCCACUUCGAGCCGUAUACAAUGUUGGAUAUUCGUACAUCGACGCCCCGAUCAGCGAGCGGUAUCGGCAGGAGAUCCACACCAGUUUAUCCAGGGCCCGACCAAGCAUUCACGAUCAAUUCCUGGCCGUAUCCUCAGCCUUUGAAGAAGCAAUUGCGGUAUACGAUGCCGACGAUAUCGCUUUAGCCAUUCAGAAAUCUAAAGGCACACUUGACAUCUUCAAUGAUUUCGAGUAUCUUAGCAGAGACGGCGACAGUACCAAAAGCGUGCCGACAGGGCGAUAUACCGGACUCAUGUACCGGGAAGCCAUGGACAAGAUGCGUUUGAUCAUCUAUAGCAACCUAGCUCGUGCGAACUUAAGGUUUCACAGCGACUUACAGCAGGUUCGCUCAGCACAAGACUUUGUAUGGCUGAUCAGGGGGAUACGCGCCCGCGAUGCAAUGUGGCCCGAACACCCAGGAGGGCACGAGGAUGCCAUGGUCUUUUACCUGGAAGCUGAGGUAUGGGAGGCGUUCGAUCAGCUUGGAGAGCACAACAACCGCCCCCGUUCCGGCGCCCUUCGAGAAGUCGUCAAUAUGCUGACGGAAGCGCUAAGACACGAGCCGGGGAAUGACAUGUUGCAGAAGGAACUGCUCGGAAGACUGGAAGAGAAGAAAAAAGCAGAAGCGAUCGAGGCGGCGAGGCAGAUGGAGCAGGAAGAGAGUAGAGUGCAGAGUAGGGAGCGGACCGAGUGA